CAGCCAUUGCAUCCUUCUAAUUUCAUGGAGCUCCAAAAGUGGCAUUUACAGCAAUUUUGGCAGCAACAAAUGCUUGAAUUGGGAAACCUUGCAGAUUACAAGCAGCAUCAACUGCCACUUGCAAGGAUCAAACGUAUAAUGAAAUUGGAUGGGGCGGCAAAGAUGGUUAGCUCGGACACGCCGAUCAUAUUUGCAAAAGCAUGCGAGCUCUUCAUCUUGGAGCUCACGGUACGCUCAUGGCUCCAUGCCGAGCAGUGCAAGAGGCUCACCAUCCGAAGAACCGAUGUAGCAGGGGCCAUCUGCCAUGCAGACAUGCUUAAUUUCUUGGUCGACAUGCUUCGCCCAGAUGAGUUCCAGGUAUUGCUAUGUUUUAGCUCCAACUUGGGAGUCCUCUUUGGUUUCUGAACAACACAAGGAAGAAUUCUUCCAUUGGUAGGGUG